CAAAACAGAAGUCGUAAAUGUGAAGUAUUAUCACCUCAAAAUUUGUAUUUAAGAACCUGUAGAACUCUAUCUGAGUACACUGUCUACGACGAGACUUGCUUUGAGUUUGCUUUGGGAACAGGACACAACUGCAACAUGAAGACUGCCAUCGCUGUCCUUCUCUGUGCUUUGGUGGCUAGUGCCAUGGGAGGUAUACUCCUGGGAGGUGGUGGCCUUGGCGGCGUGGGUGGAGGCGGCAUUGGCGGUAACUAUGGCGGCUAUGGCGGCUAUGGAGGCUAUGGCGGCAGCGGCUAUGGCGGCAGCGGCUAUGGCGGCUAUGGCAGCGGCUAUGGUGGCGGCUACGGCCGCGGGAUUGGCGGCGGCUCUGGUGGCGGCUAUGGCGGCUAUGGUGGCGGCUACGGCCGUGGGAUUGGCGGCGGCUCUGGUGGCGGCUAUGGCUAUGGCCGUGGGAAGGGCGGCAGCUAUGGCGGCUACGGCUACUAGCCCGGUUUGGGUUCCGAAGAUGCCUGUGGCUACACCACAAAGGAUUAACUGCUCAUCUGAAUGCAAGAUCUUUGUCUGCUCUGCUUUAAUAAAUACGUGGUGAUCAAAUGUU